AAAACGGAGUAAUUUCUCCAGAGCAGCAGUCGUGUGUAGAGUCAUGUCAUUAUACGGCUUCAUCUCACCACUCUUACUUUUGCACAGGAUUUAGCUAAUAUAUGUGGGGACAGGACUUUUUUCAGACUUUGUGGACUUCAUUUUUUUUGGCUACCUCUUCACAGAAAUCCCCAACCCAACAAUGCCUCUUCAUUCAUCGAAUUUCACAAACUGCUCCAUCAGUGAUUUCAAGCACACCGUCUACCCAAUUGCUUAUCUGCUCAUCUUUUUCCUUGGGCUUUUUGGUAACCUAAUAUCUCUGUUCUUCUUCAUUUCCUCAUCAUACAGAAGAAAAGCCUCUUUUUCUCCAGUCAACAUCCUCAUGCUCAAUCUCCUUCUAUCUGACCUGAUGAUGGUGUGCUCGCUGCCAUUUCGAGCUGCCUACUAUCUCAUGGACUACUGGGCCUUCGGAGACAUCACCUGCCGGAUCAUGUCCUAUGUCUUCUACAUCAACAUGUACGGCAGCAUUUACUUCCUUGCAGUUCUGAGCAUUGUUCGCUUCGUGGCCAUCGUGAAGCCAUUCACAUACGUGCACUGGCAAAGCUCUAGGAGAGCCUGGACAUUAUGUAUUAUAAUCUGGCUGAUUGUGUCUGUGGCAUCCAUCCCGCUUCUGAAAGCAGGAACUUAUGAGGAUUCUAAUCAGACCAAAUGCCUGGAUCUGAGGCCGUCCCAUGUGGGGACCAUUAUCAUGUUGAAUCGAUGGGUUUUGUUUUUAGGCUUUGUAAUGCCCUUUGUGGUAAUCUCAGUCUGUUACAUUUUUGCAGCCUUGUAUUUGCUAAAGUUAAGGAAGUCCAGGCAGAAUAGAAGAUCCCAGAUCAAUCACAAGAAAUCCUGUUCUCUCGUCAUUAUUGUUCUGCUGAUUUUCCUUGCAUGCUUUAUGCCAUAUCAUGUCAUCCGAACUCUGUUUCUGGAGGCCGAGAUGGACAUUCAAAACAAUGGUUAUGACAAGUCCUGCCAUUAUAUUGAAAGUCUGAGAAAGGCAGCGGUCAUCGCACACUGUCUAGCCUCUGGAAACAGUGCCUGGAUCCAUUGCUUUUCUUUUUUGUUGGGGAAAACUUUGUUAGCUUUUGGCGACAACAUACACCGAGAAGACAGAGUUGUAUAACUGAGCAGAAUGUGAAAGUGUUGGAGAAGAUUAACAACAAUAAAAUAGAUCAAUGGUUUAGUUUAGUAUAGACCUGCUUGGGACCUGCUGGGACUUGAGGGGGAAAUUCCUGGAAAAGAGCGUAUCACAUAUCUGGUGGGUCUGUUGUCUCAUGCAGGAAGAACUCAAUUAGCCUCCAGUAAAGCAGUAUCCAUCCCAAAACCUUUUGCUCUUGCAUUUAAAUAUAUGUCUAAAACAACAUAUUUGAUAGUGUGCAAUGAUUUUGGUCCACUUUUUUCUCAAGGUAUCCAAUCACACGACCUGUGAAGGAAAACUUGAGGUUUUUUUUUUUUUUUUUGAGCAUAAAGGAAUUGUUUUUGGUACAUGCGUUUCGAGUUUAUUUUAUGCACACAUUUUCUUAUUAAACACAAAUUUGCUGCUUCAAUUGGACAUAGAUGUUUAUCAUGUUUUUGUAAGGACCUGUGUGACAGUAAGUGCUUACAUAUGUACAGUUCAAAAGGAUGCAUUUGAAGUACAGAAUCAGUACUAAUGAUUUAUCUUAAACUUGUUUUGAUGUGUAUGAGCAGAUUAUACAACUGCACUUUAUAUUGUUAUAUUGUUGCCUAUCUAUCUAUCUAUCUAUCUAUCUAUCUAUCUAUCUAUCUAUCUAUC